AUGAAUGCUGCACUGCUCAAACGAGUGGAUCAAUUGAUCGCUGCUUCCGACCAUGAGAACAUCAGCAAUGAUAUCCCCAAGGCAGUAUCCUUGGCUUGCAAAGGGUUCACUGAUUUACGCCCUACUCCUGCUGGACCAGAUGGUGAAAUUGAUGAUGGCCAAACAGGUCCUGCGUAUACGGAUAUGAUCGAGAGUCUAUUAGUUCAAAUCAGUCAACAAGUUGAAGGGUCAUCCGACAAAGAAUCUAAGACUGUAGCCGAGCUUAAAAAGCACCGCGAACAGCUCAAAACGGCUCUCAAUAAUGAGACGAAGGAGUACAAUGAGCUGCUAGAAGAGAGAAGUAGACACAUCGUAUCGGAUGAUAUUCACACAGGAUUCGACUCUACGUUAAUUAAUAAAGCUGCUAAGGAACAACAUGUAGCAAACUCUGAAGGAAAGGGGAAGGCCAAGGAAAACCAAACUUCAAUUGAAGUUAUAAAUACCCCUGGAUCUCAAGUUAAUCCCAGCUCGACUGGUUCAUCUAGUGGAACAUCCGGUGAUCCAGACAUUGAUGCCGCUGCUUCCCCUAAGGCCCUUGAGUUUGCCAGUCUGCCAAGUGAUAACUUGCCAAGAUUGUAUGCAUUCUUAGACGAGAAUCCUCAAAUUAUUAAGGAAUCAGAAAAGGAUGCCUUGAUGAUGGUGGCUUUUGAGCAACAGCUAAGUGGCGACCCCAAAGAAAUGGCUAAAAUGAAAAAUACUGUCCACAAUGCAUUGCUAUUGCAAUAUUGUUCGACAUUGGGUGGUCCCCAAGGCACCCGUUUGUUUUUCAGCAGGAUUAGCAAGAAAGACCACCCUGCACUCGAAGCAUUCAAUAAAGAUGUUGAUUUUACAUAUAAUCAUAUCAAACAAAGAUGUGAGAUUAUAUCUCAGCAGAAAGAUGAUGAGACGGAACAGGAGGAAGGUGUAGAGCAGAUCCAACUCCACGCCGUUGAUCCAAACACAGAAAUUGUGGUUACAGUACCUGAAGAAGAUAGUGAGGGCAGAGCUGUUUAUGAGCAACUCUCUGAUCCCUUGCGCAAAGCCAUUGAAACAAAGAAGUUGGACGAAAUCAACAAAGUGUUGGGAGAAAUGACUGUAGCUGAUGCUGAGAAAGCUGUCGAAGCUCUCAAUUUGAGUGGUGUGCUAUCAGUCGAGGAAAAAAUUUAUGAUGUAAAUGAGUGGCAAGCCGAAAAGGAAAGAAUCCUUAAAGAAGAAGCUUACGACGAAAUGGAGAAAGAAGUGUUCGGAACGGGGUCACCAUCCCAGCCUACAACUACUUCUGCUACAGAUCGCGGUUCUGCUGAAGAUACUCAACCAUUUGGAGAUACUAAUGAUGAGGUAGAUUAG